GGAAGUGGGCGUUGCUACGUUGUGCAAAAGUUAUGUUGUCUUGAAAUCCACAUGACGACACAAACAGCAAGUAACACGUAGCUAGUUGCGUCAUUACGCUACGCAAUGUGCCAAAUCUGGAGGGAAAAAAGCAAGCAGAAACGUUUUAACUAGCUAAGAAAUGGUGUCAGCGGAAGAAACACAGAUUCGGAGGUUCGUUUCUGGACAACUCCGUGAUUGUCCUGACCUAAGCACAUUGACUCUUGGCAUCUUAAGAGGGCGAUAUUUGGCAUGUGUUGGUCGGGACUCACUAAACCAGGAGGACAGACAGUUGAUGAAGAGAGUGGUAGAGGAGGAACUGAUGAGGAUGCAGGACAGUGACAGCAGUGACAAUGAAGCCAUUAUUGUCGUUACCCCGACGCCUCUCCACAACAAACGGAAGAGGGGUGAGGAGGAGGACAAAACAGAGAAAGCAGGCAGGACCAAAGCAGAUGGAUCCAAGGCAAAGAGAUCUCGGCGUCAGUCGGCCCAAUCAGAUUCCCCAGAUUCUGGAAUCGAGAGAGUGGGAAAUGGAGAAAGGCAGAGGGCAGAAGAAGAGGGGAAGGACAUUGGAAGUGAUGAGCAAGUUUCCCAAAUCGACACCAAGAAAAACAAAGGGGGACACAAAGGAGUACCAAAUGGUGGGAAGACAGAAAUUAGCUCAGAAAGUGAUGUUGAGAUCAAAACGGUGAAUCGGAGGAAGACAAAACAAGACUCUGAAGUCGAAGAAGAUUUUGAGGAGAACAAAAAGAAGAAACGAGAUGAAACCCACAAACAGGAAAAGGACAAAGUCAAUUCAGAAAGUGACUCUGAAGAGGAUAAAAAAAGGAAAAGAACGGGAGGAAAAGAAAAUGUGGAUGUGAAAGUGAAAGUGCAGAGCAAGUGUUUGAAAAGGAACAGAGGGAGGGAGAGUGAAAAUGAGGAAAAGGGAAAACCAUUGCAGAGAAGAGAGAGUGUGCAGGUUGAGAGUGACUCGGAGCACAUUGGAGAGGCUGAAGUAAUGGAGCAGAAAAGGGUAAAAAUACAAACAAAUGACAACGACUCCAGGUCAGAGAGUGAGGGAGAAAAGAAUGACGGUGCAUCUUCAGAGGAAGCCAGCGGGGGAGCGGAUGAAACCAAAGAAGUGAUGGCUAAGACGAAGGAUGAGCCAGCCCAAGACUCUGACUCUGGCUCAUCCCUCCCAUCAUUGGAGGACGAACAGGAAAGUGAGGUCAGGCCAGAACAGGUGAAAAAGAGGAAGUCUGUGGCGAAGCGGCCAAUAAAGGGCGAGGGCAGUGAGAGUGGAUCCAAAGGUGGAAAGGACAACGAGGCGGUAGCCAGGCUGAAGCGUUACAUCGCCCUCUGUGGUGUGAGACGGAACUACAAGAAGCUCCUGGAUGGCUGCCACUCCAUCAAGUCAAAGGUGGCUGUGCUGAAGAGGGAGCUUGAAGAACUGGGUGUCGAAGGCCAGCCUUCUAUAGAGAAGUGUAAGAAAGCCAGACUUAAGAGAGAGGAGGCUCAGGAGUUGGCAGACCUAGAUGUCGGCAACAUCAUAACAACACAAGGUUCAGAGAAUCCCAGUGGAGAGAAGAGAGCCGGCCAGGCAGAGACGGCAAAGGCGAUUCGUCACUCCAGUGCCUUGCUGUUCACCUUCGCACCCCUGGGCCAGACUGCACACAAUCAUAAGACCUACUGAAGAGACGAGUCUUCAGUAAAGACUUAAAGGUCGUCCAAAGCGGAGAGGGGUGUCCAUAUGGCAGCAACAGUCCUCCCCUCCAUCCUCUGCUUAUAAGCGUGUAGUCAACUCAAGCUCAGACAGUGAAGAGGACAGUCACGCAGGCAGGGGGUGCAAGAGAGCCACAGACUGGAGUAAUCUGCAGGGGAUCAUCAGUGAUGACACAGACAGCAACUGACAGGCUUUGCUCUUCUGGUCAGGAGGAUCAAGUUGCCUCCAGACUAGAGGUCUUCACAGGUCCAAAAAGUUGGACCGGUUCUGAAAUGGACCUGGGGCUGUCCCACCUGGACCCGUUAUGCAUAAAACAUUCUAGACCCGUUCCUGGUCGGCUCCACACAUUUUUUACAUUUUACAUUUUAGUCAUUUAGCAGACGCUCUUAUCCAGAGCGACUUACAGUAGUGAAUGCAUACAUUUCAUACAAUUUCAUACAUUUUUUUUUUCUGUGCUGGCCCCCCGUGGGAAUCGAACCCACAACCCUGGUGUUGCAAACACCAUGCUCUACCAACUGAGCUACACCCAAUCCGAAUGAGAAAAGCAACAAAAGUAUUUUUUUAAGCUACUUUAUUAAUUCUGGAAACGAACCCGACCGGGUAACGGGUACAGGUGGGUCUGUGAAGACCUUUUGCAUUUUCCUCUACACUAUGGAAGUUUUGUUGCACGUUGUUUACCGCCCAUUUUAGCUUAAUGUUGUCUGUAUGGUUCUCUGAUACACAUGAUUAAGGCCUAGAUUCAAUCAGACCAGCGAUGGCAAACACUUGCAUAGCAGAUGUUUUGGUGGUGUCAGAGAUGGAACUGUGUUAGCGCCGUCAAAUCUGUGAGCUGUUGCGGUCAUUGUCACAAAGCCACACCUGCCCCACUGGUAUUAAAGUUCACAAUGAGGAAGUGUCGGCUAUAUAGAAAUAAUUACACUCAAAUUGAAAAAUCAUUAACAAAAUAAUUACGAUUUUUAUCAUCCUAAUCGAGGUGUAGAUUACAUCUCACAUUCCAGUGUUCGAACUUGUAAACCAGGCUGAAUGUUAUGAGCGACUCCGUGCAGCCAAUGGCAAAGUCCGCAUUAGGUGUAAUGCUUGGAGCCACUUGUGGAUUUGACAGCUCUAAAACAGUUGGACCUCUGACACCACUUGUUUGCUAAAGCAGAUCUGAUUGAAUAGAGCCCUAAAUCAGUUUCUCCCCUCAUUAAAACACUUAGUUGUAGGCUAAACAAACCUUUGCAAUAUAAGCUUUUGCCUUAACUACUUCAGUGUUGCCAUGUACAAAGAAAAGAGGCAUAUUCUUGUAUAUAGGUACGCAAAUAUGACUACUUUCCUUCUAUUGCCUUACAGUUUGAGACACGUUAGGUUAGCUGUUGAGUCAAGUGUGUGAUUUAUAUUACUAUUAGUGCUGUGUUCUGUUCCAUUUAAGUCAUGAUUCAAUAAAGCUUUGAAUUUGUAUAAA